CUGGGCGCACCCCCGACACCGACCUUGUGCAUUCCUCCAUCUCGCUCGCAAAACAGCGCCAACAGUAGAGCAGCAGCAGCAGCAGCAGUUGCCCUGGCUGCGCGCCCCCCCACCCACCACCCCGCUCGAUCCUCCCCUCUUCUUGGCCGUCCUCUCGGCGUACGCAGACACACACAACAAGCCACACUACCACCGCGCCCUGCGUGCUAUCACCGCCGCAUACAUCUGCUGCAGCAACAUCCUCAACCAUGAGCCGCCCAAACCUCGCAGGCCCCUCCCAGCCACCACUCGCACCUCCUCCUCCUCCAUCAUCCAUCCCAUCAGCGGCCCCGCCAAAAGCAAAACGGCCCCGCCAGUCCGGCCCAGACUCGGCAGCAGCAGCAAAGGCCACACCCUCAGUCAUGCGCGCAUCAACGUCAGCAAACCCCGGCCCGGGCGACCUCUCCAAAGUCCGCGCCUUUGCGGCCUGCCGGGCGUGCCGGCAGAAGAAGAUCAAGUGUUUGCCCGGCCCCGCGGCAGCGACGGCAGCGGGCGGCACAGCGGCCUGUCAGCAAUGUACCCAGUCCGGCACCGAGUGCGAGUACCAGCCCACACGCGACCGCGCGGCCUACUCGCGCGCAUACGUCCAGGACCUCUCGGGCCGCGUGCAGGCUCUCGAGGCGUUGCAUGCACGGCUCCUCCCUCUGCUGAGCGCGUACGAGGGCGGAUCGCUGCCGUCACUCCCCGUUUCGACGCCCAAGAAGUGGGAUGCCGGGAACCGGUCCGGCGUGGAAUCGGCCAUCGGCUCGGCGAUGCACUCGCCCCGCUCGCCGCGCUCAGACGGAGGCGACUCGGGCGAGGGCGAGGUCAUGAUGAUGGCCGACGAGCGUGGCAACUUCCGAUACAUCGGCUCGUCCAACACACUCAGCCUUAUUGAUUCGUUUGGAGGGCACCAGGAGGGACAGCAUCCAGCCCUCCAUCGCGAGUCGCUCGACGGCAUCGAGCCAAAGCCCAACCGUGGCUCGCCAGAGAACCACCCGUACUUUGGCGCUGUGGCUGGCGCUGGGUCUAUCGGCUCGGUAUUCCCCGGCCUCGAGGAGGCCAUCUUCCCCCCGCGCGCCGAUGCCGAGAAGAUGAUCGACGCGUACUUUGUGGAGGUGCACCCCGUGCUGCCAGUAGUCAACGAGCACGACUUCCGACGCGACUUUAACACGCUCAUGGAUAAGGUUGAGGUCGGCGACUUUUCGGGCCUCAGCGGUGGGUUCAUGUCAGUCGUCUUUGCAAUGUUUGCCCUCGGCGAGAGGGUGAUUGUUGUGGGACGGGCGUACCGCCGCGAGUGCACAAAAUUGCGUGAGGGCCGUGCAGACGACGACACGCUGCUGCCAGGAGAGGCCGAGGCCGGCGUCAUUUGGUUUGAACGGUCUCAAGUCCUGCAUUUCUCGACUAUACGCGAGAUCGACAUCCACCAGGUCCAAUGCUUGACACUGCAAGCAUCGUUCCAGGCCGCCGUCAACGCCAUGCCCAUGAGCUGGCUGUUGGCCAGCCAGGCUUUGCGCAUCGCCAUGGACAUUGGCCUCCACCGCGCGGCCCCAAGGUUCAAGGUCAGCUAUGCUAUCAAGCAGCUCGGUUCGCGAUGCUGGUGGGCCAUCUACGGCCUCGAGAGAUUGAUUUCCAUCACGCUCGGUCGGCCCCUCGGCUGUGAUGACCGUGAUGUCGAUGUCGCGUACCCUGUCGAGAUCGACGAUGCGGCUCUCCACGCGCUCGGGGACACUCAGGCCGAAGACGUCGGCGAUAUUCCUCCCGAGCCCCAAGAGUCAACAAUGUCGGGAUUCGUCGCGCUCACAAAGCUUUGCAAGAUUGCCGGCAGAGUCUCGCAGGUGCUCUACCGGCCGUUGAACGGACGCUCGGUCAACGACCCAUCGUGGGCCACGAGCCAGCAGAAGACGUUUGACAAGCUCGACAAGAUGCUUCGCGACUGGCUUGAGCACGAGGUGCCGAAAAAGUACAAGGACCCGUCCCCCUCUCGGCCCGUCUCUCUCAUGUCGGCUGUCCUGUCCAAUGCCUACUUUGCCGUGCUCAUCACGUUGCACCGCAACCUCCUCCCCUCCAACCCCGACUUCCCGCGUCCCAAGCCCGUCGCGUCGUCUCAGUCGCUUGCGCACUGUGUCGACGCGGCGCGUUCGGUUAUCCACGUCGCAGCGCAGUCCAGAGUCAUGGUGCCGGUAUCCCACCACAUCGCCGUGUUCUGCCAGUACCUCUGGUCAUCCUCGGUUAUUCUCUUACUGUGCGAGGUCAGAGCCAAGGACCAGGUCGUCGUCGACGCGGUCGGUGCGCAGAUCGACUCGUGCCGCUCCUCGCUGCGGACGCUGGAGCCAGCGUGGCCCGGGUGCAGGAAGCUCCGUGAGCUUCUCGGCGACGUGGAGAACAGGGCCAAGGAGGUACGCGCCGGACUGGGGCGUCCAGCCGCAACAAACAAGAAGCGCAAGUCGUCUUCUGCCGACUCGCAGGACGCCAAGGCGCGGAGGCAGAGCAAGGCGUCCAACGCGUCGGCAUCGGGUGCCACCGUCGUCCCCGGAGAGUGGAAGCACCCCUCGUCUAUCCGGGAACGGUCGUACGAGACGUCGGACGCGCGCACGCCGCUCCAGCCGCCCGCGACGCACUUCUCGACCCCUGCCGUCCCAGAACACGUCGCAGGUGGCAUUGACAUGCCGCUGCCGACCUUCGACCUCUUCGACGUCGGCGACAUGAACUUUGACGGCUUGGAGAUGCUGAGCGGGUUCACGUCCAACGACCCAUGGAACGGCGAGACGGCUCUCGCGGUCCCGCCACAGCAGACGCCGCAGAGCCAGGGAGGGCAGGGCAACCAUGUCUCGCCGAACGGGCCGAGAAUGAGCUUUGCGUCGGCCGGCUCGUCGGGCCCCACGCCGCCGAUGUCGAGCAUGAUCAACACUACCACGCCGUCGCCGUCAGUCAGCACCGGCACGGCGCCAGCGCAGAACCAACCAUCGUGGUUCAACGGCGCAACACUCGACCAGGCCCAGACGCCUACGGUUGAGAUUUCGGAAAUGUGGGCUCAGAUCGCCGGCACCAGCUUUGACUGGGAGGCCGACCCGACUGUGCCGUUCAACAUUUAGUGGUGGUUGGUGUAAUAGGGAUGAUGAUGG